GAGAGAAAAGCAACCGGCGACUAAAGUUUGAGGGGGCCUGAAGCUCGCUGCUGCCCCUUGGCAAGCAUGAGACGGGGAACCAACUAGCAAGCUUUCCCCGCAAUGAGUAAGGCCGGCGAGAAGGCAAACACGCCUGCUAGUCUUCAGCCGCGCGAUCGGCCGAGAAAAGCACCCCAAGGGUCAGCAAGGGCAGGGCACCCAGCCGGGACCCCGAGGUGCAGUCUUUCCCCUUCCCUCGUCCCGGGGCUGCCCCAAAGCUUGCAUCUCCAUUUGCUGAGAUGAUCUAGCAUUCCCUGCUGCUGCCGCUGUUGCCAGAUCUACUCAAGCCAACCCGCCCCCCGCUCUCCUCUCCAGCCCACCUUCUCUCCCUUUCCCCAAAGCCGUGCAGCCGCAAGCAGCUCAAAUGGAGUGGAAAAUGGCCAGUGGUGGCAGAUCGAGCCUUUAGAUUAUCUGCUUCACGUUUGGUACUUAGCUGUCUCUAAUCUGCUUUUAUUUGCCAGAGCCCCCAGCUUGAGGGGAAAAGAAAGGGUGGGGGAAAGAAGAGGGUUUUUACCCCCUUCUGGUCCUUUUGCUGCCGCCGCCGCCGCCGCCGCUUCUAUAGUAUACAUGAUAAUAUGUUUAUAUGAUUAGCUGAGCCCAGGGUUGGGUAAAGAGAGAGAGCGAGAAAGAGAGAGGGGUGGAGAUUGGAGGAGGAGGUGGAGGCUGGAGGUGGCUCCAGUUCAGAGCUAGUGGAGAGUCUGUGUCAGGACUUAGCAAUCCCCAGUCACACACUGAGAGGUGCAUGAACGAAAAGGAGCUGGCGAUACAAUUCACUGGGAUUUCUCCCCCCCCUUUUUUUGGCGAUUUUUGUCCCCCUCCCUUCUCCCUCUUGCUUUGAGUGCGACCAGCUUGGCUCCUGAUCGCCGUUCGCGGGGCAGCAGCAGCAGCGGCAGGAAGCAAACAGAAAAGCGAAGCUAAGGAAGGGCUGGAUCAUACCAGAGGCCAGAAUGUCAUCCAGGGAGAUGUAAACGAAGAGAGCGACGGAGAAAGGGGUCUUCUUGGCUGUGCUCCUCCAUGAAUUGCAAUCGGACCCCCUUUUCUCCCACUUCGCCUCCCUCCCGAAAAAUUACUGAGCUGAUCCCGGCUGCUUCCGUUGGCAUCGCCUUUCUUUCUCCAUGUUCAUCUUAGUUGCCUAAAGAGAGAGGACUCCAGGGCUGGUCACCUCCAGAGGGUUUUGCACCUAGCGCUCUUUUGUUGUGGUGCUUUUUAUCGACCAAAAGAUUAUUUCGAUUUUUUCCUGCUUUCCUCUUGCGUUUGUGAGUGCGUGGCGGUUUUAUUCCUUUCUCUCCUUUUUAUUUUCCCCCUCCCCCUUGUCUUUUGGACGGAGCAGAGUGCGUUGGGAACUGCAGGGAGAAAAAAUGUUGACUUAACCCCUAGCAAAGCUUCUCGGCUGGCUGGGCUUGCUUGGAGGAAAGGGAGGAGGAGAAGCCGCCUUGUGUACGUUUUGUCCCAGCUCAGCGAGCUGCAAAGCCAGCUGCUUUCCUCGGCUCUCGUUCACUUCUACCAGCCCAGCUUUUUCGACUGCCCAGCCAGCCUUUUUCUCCUGGCUAUUUGCUGUGGCGCCUCCUGGCCCAGAAAAAACCCACCUUCCUUUCCCUUGUGGUCAAAAAGGGGCUUGUCCUACCCCCGAUUUCCUGGGCACUCCAGAUGCUAGAGGGACCCUGGCCCGGCUUUGGCUGCAAACCCAAAGUUAUGAAAAUCAAUGAUGUAGACCACCCACUUGAAUGACGCUGGACAUUUAUAACUGGAAUAAUUACGGAAUAAAAAGAAAAUACUUUAAAGGGGGUCAAUAAUGGUGGCUUCUGAUUGCAGAAUGAAAAGGUUUUGGCUACUUCUGAUAGUCAGCUUCCUGCAAUGUACAGAAGGUUUCAGUCGAGCAGCAUUACCCUUUGGUUUAGUAAGAAGAGAACUAUCUUGUGAGGGCUACUCCAUUGAUCUUCGGUGUCCAGGAAGUGAUGUCAUUAUGAUAGAAAGUGCUAAUUAUGGACGGACAGAUGACAAGAUUUGUGAUGCUGACCCUUUCCAGAUGGAGAACACAGAAUGUUUCCUCCCAGAUGCCUACAAAAUUAUGACACAAAGAUGCAACAACAGAACUCAGUGUAUAGUAGUUACUGGCUCAGAUGUGUUUCCAGAUCCUUGUCCUGGAACAUACAAAUACCUCGAAGUCCAAUAUGAAUGUGUCCCCUACAUUUUUGUUUGCCCUGGGACGUUGAAAGCUGUUGUGGACUCUCCAAAUUUAUAUGAAGCUGAACAAAAGGCUGGUGCCUGGUGCAAAGAUCCUCUUCAGGCUGCAGAUAAAAUAUACUUCAUGCCAUGGACUCCAUACCGUACUGAUACCUUGAUAGAAUAUGCUUCUCUAGAGGACUUCCAAAAUGGACGCCAGCAGACGACGUAUAAACUUCCAAAUCGAGUGGAUGGUACAGGAUUUGUGGUCUAUGACGGUGCAGUCUUUUUUAACAAGGAAAGAACCAGGAACAUUGUAAAGUUUGACUUAAGGACUAGAAUUAAGAGUGGAGAGGCUAUUAUAAAUUAUGCUAACUACCACGACACUUCUCCUUACAGAUGGGGGGGAAAGACUGAUAUUGAUUUGGCAGUUGAUGAAAAUGGCCUGUGGGUAAUUUAUGCUACAGAACAAAACAAUGGAAUGAUAGUCAUUAGCCAACUGAAUCCAUAUACUCUGCGCUUUGAAGCGACGUGGGAAACGACGUAUGACAAACGGGCAGCAUCCAAUGCUUUUAUGAUAUGUGGGGUUCUCUAUGUGGUGCGAUCGGUAUACCAAGACAAUGAAAGUGAAACUGGCAAAAACUCAAUUGAUUAUAUCUACAACACCAGGUUAAGCCGAGGAGAAUAUGUAGACAUUCCUUUCCCCAACAUGUACCAUUACAUUGCUGCUGUGGAUUACAAUCCAAGAGACAAUCAACUGUAUGUGUGGAACAACAACUUCAUUCUUCGGUAUUCUCUAGAGUUUGGCCCACCUGACCCUGCUCAAGUGCCUACCACAGCAGAGACAGUAACACCUUCUACAGAGCUGUACAAAACAACCAUAUCAACCACAAGCACUACACCACAGAAAGUUCCUCUCAGCACAACAUUAGCUGGGGGGACAAAAGAAGGGAGCAAAGGCCCCAAACCACCCCCAGCAGCUUCUACAACCAAAAUCCCUCCUGUUACAAGCUUUUUCCCUUUGCCAGAGAGAUUCUGUGAACCUUAUGUAGCCAGGGGGAUUAGCUGGCCUCAGACUCAAAGAGGAAUAAUGGUGGAACGACCCUGCCCCAAAGGAACUCGGGGAACAGCUUCAUACCUCUGCAUGGUUUCCACUGGAACAUGGAAUCCCAAGGGCCCUGAUCUUAGCAACUGCACUUCACAUUGGGUAAAUCAGCUUGCUCAGAAGAUCAGAAGUGGAGAAAAUGCUGCUAGCCUUGCCAAUGAACUGGCUAAACACACCAAAGGACCAAUCUUUGCCGGUGAUGUGAGCUCAUCAGUCAGACUGAUGGAACAGCUGGUUGACAUUCUUGAUGCUCAGCUGCAGGAUCUGAAGCCUAAUGAAAAGGACUCUGCUGGACGGAGUUAUAACAAGCUUCAAAAGCGAGAGAAGACAUGCAGGGCUUACCUUAAGGCUAUCGUUGACACGGUGGACAACCUACUUAGGGCUGAAGCUCUAGAAUCCUGGAAAGAUAUGAAUUCUUCAGAACAAGCACAUGCCGCAACAAUGUUACUUGAUACGCUAGAAGAAGGGGCUUUUGUCUUGGCCGACAACCUCCUAGAACCAACAAGAGUUGCAAUGCCUACAGAUCAUAUUGUCCUGGAAGUGGCGGUGCUCAGUACGGAAGGCCAAGUGCAGGAUUUGAAAUUUCCUCAGGGCAAUACAGGCGGCAAUUCAAUCCAGCUCUCGUCAAGCACUGUGAAACAGAACAGCAGAAAUGGGUUAGCAAAGCUGGUUUUCAUAAUCUACAAAAGCUUGGGUCGGUUCCUCAGUACCGAAAAUGCAACCAUAAAACUAGGCAGUGAAUUUGCUGGCAGGAACAGCACCAUUGCUGUGAACUCUGAUGUCAUUGCCGCCUCUAUCAACAAGGAGUCCAGCCGUGUGUACUUGACCGAUCCUGUUCUUUUUACCCUGGCACACAUUGACCCUGACAAUUAUUUCAAUGCCAAUUGCUCUUUCUGGAACUAUUCAGAACGGACUAUGAUGGGAUAUUGGUCAACUCAAGGCUGCAAGCUGAUUGACACAAAUAGAACGCACACCACGUGUGCAUGUAGCCACCUAACCAAUUUUGCAAUCCUCAUGGCCCAUAGGGGAAUUGUGUACAAAGAUGGAAUGCAUGAGCUACUCCUCACUGUCAUCACCUGGGUGGGGAUUGUCAUUUCCCUUGUCUGCCUGGCAAUUUGCAUCUUCACUUUCUGUUUCUUCCGUGGCCUUCAAAGUGAUCGAAAUACAAUUCACAAGAACCUUUGCGUCAACCUCCUCAUUGCAGAGUUCAUUUUUCUAAUAGGCAUCGAUAAGACAGAAUACAAGAUUGCAUGCCCAAUAUUUGCAGGCCUCUUACACUUUUUCUUCCUGGCAGCCUUUGCCUGGAUGUGCCUAGAAGGGGUGCAACUCUAUCUCAUGUUAGUAGAAGUAUUUGAAAGUGAAUAUUCUAGGAAGAAGUACUAUUAUGUUGCUGGCUACCUCUUCCCUGCCACUGUUGUUGGUGUCUCGGCAGCUAUUGACUAUACCAGCUAUGGAACACAAAAAGCGUGCUGGCUCAAGGUUGACAACUAUUUUAUCUGGAGUUUCAUUGGGCCUGUGACCUUCAUUAUUCUGCUGAAUCUUAUCUUCUUGGUGAUCACACUGUGCAAAAUGGUGAAGCACUCAAACACUUUGAAACCAGACUCUAGCAGGUUGGAAAACAUUAAUAAUUACCGUGUUUGUGAUGGCUACUAUAAUACGGACUUACCUGGCUAUGAAGAUAAUAAGCCAUUUAUCAAGUCCUGGGCCCUAGGUGCUUUUGCUCUCCUGUGUCUUCUUGGCCUAACGUGGUCUUUUGGCCUGCUUUUUGUCAACGAGGAGACAAUUGUGAUGGCAUACCUCUUCACAGUUUUUAAUGCUUUCCAAGGAAUGUUUAUUUUCAUCUUUCACUGUGCGCUCCAAAAGAAAGUGCGUAAGGAAUAUGGCAAAUGCUUCAGACAUUCCUAUUGCUGUGGAGGAUUGCCAACAGAGAGCCCACACAGUUCAGUAAAGGCAUCAACUACAAGAACUAGUGCUCGCUAUUCCUCUGGCACUCAGAGCCGAAUAAGAAGGAUGUGGAAUGACACUGUGAGAAAACAAUCUGAAUCUUCCUUUAUCUCAGGUGAUAUCAAUAGCACUUCAACACUUAAUCAAGGAAUGACUGGCAAUUACCUACUAACAAACCCUCUUCUUCGACCGCACGGCACUAACAAUCCUUAUAACACAUUGCUCGCUGAAACCGUUGUAUGUAAUGCCCCUUCAGCUCCUGUGUUUAACUCACCAGCAACCUACAGAGAGACAAGACAUUCACUGAACAAUGCCAGGGAUACAAGUGCCAUGGAUACUCUACCGCUAAAUGGUAAUUUCAACAACAGCUACUCUUUGCGCAAUGGAGACUAUAAUGAAAGUGUGCAAGUUGUAGACUGUGGACUAAGCCUGAAUGAUACUGCAUUUGAAAAAAUGAUCAUUUCAGAAUUAGUGCACAACAACCUACGGGGCAGCAACAAGAACCACAACCUAGAGCGCACAUUACCAAUCAAAGCUGUGAUCGGCGGGAGCAGUAGCGAAGAUGAUGCCAUUGUAGCAGAUGCUUCAUCUUUGAUGCACAGUGAUAACCCAGGCCUAGAGCUGCACCAAAAGGAACUCGAGGCCCCUCUGAUUCCCCAACGGACUCACUCCCUUCUGUACCAGCCACAGAAGAAAGUGAAGACUGAAGGAACAGACAGCUAUGUGUCGCAGCUGACAGCUGAAGUUGAAGACCACCUCCAGUCCCCCAACAGAGACUCUCUUUACACGAGCAUGCCCAACCUCAGAGACUCUCCUUACCCAGAGAGCAGUCCUGACAUGGAGGAAGAUCUCUCUCCCUCCCGGAGGAGUGAGAAUGAGGACAUUUACUACAAAAGCAUGCCAAAUCUUGGAGCCGGUCAUCAGCUUCAGAUGUACUAUCAAAUCAGCAGGGGCAAUAGCGACGGCUACAUAAUUCCCAUUAACAAGGAAGGAUGUAUUCCAGAAGGGGACGUUAGGGAAGGACAAAUGCAACUAGUGACAAGCCUUUAAUAGUGUAGCAAAGGAAUAAUGAAGGCCACAUACAAGUAUUAAACAGACUUAAUUGGCCCCAUGCAGGCUCCCUCAUAUCUGCUUGAAGAGACAAUUCUGUUGUCCCUGUGGUUUCUCCCAUGUAAAGGAGAUGACUGGACCUUGCAGUUCUGUGAAUUUUUAUAAAACAAAGCUUUGUAUAUACACAGAGUAUACUAAAAGAAUUAUUUGUUACAAAGAAAAAAGAGAUACCAUCAAGGUAUUUUAAGAUAUCUUCUGCUGCUGACAUAAAAGAGAUUGUGAAACACACACACACACACACACACACACACACACACACACACAGAGCGUUCCAGCCAUUUUACUGCAGCAGUUUGUGAACUAAAUUUGUAAAUAUGGCUGCAUCAUUUUUGUAGGCCUGCAUUGUAUUAUAUACAAGACGUAGGCUCUAAAACCUGUGGGACAAAUUUACUGUACCUUACUAUUCCUGACAAGACUUGCAAAAGCAGGAGAGAGAUUCUGCAUCAGUUUGCAGUUCACUGCAAAUCUUUUCCAUUAAGGCAAAGAUUGAAAACAUGUCUAACCACUAGCAAUCAAGCCACAGGCCUUAUUUCAUAUAUUUCCUCAACUGUACAAUGAACUGUUCUCAUGAAAAAUGGCUAAAGAAAUUAUAUUUUGUUCUAUUGCUAGGGUAAAAAAAAUAAAUAAAUGCAUUUGUGUCCAAACGGAAAUAUAAUUGUCAUUAAAAUAAUUUUAAAGAGUUUGAAGAAAAUGUUGUGAAACGCUCUUGGUUGCACAUAUGCUACUAGCUGAUUUUUCUUACACUUGGUUCAUAGUACCGUAAUAUGUUUAAAAUGCAAGUUCUACCCAUUUUCACUUCUUUUUCAUGGUAAACAGUGUUCUGCUUUGACGUUAGUAUUUCUUCUUGUUUUAAACUUCUUAUAUUGCCAAAAGAAUUUUUUUUCCCCUUGGAAAAAUUCUCUUAGAAACUAAUGCCAUGCUUUGCACAAAUUUGGUAAAACUCAAUGACAGAUUAUAAAUUAGUUCCCUUUUCAUUCUUUAACUGGGACGGGGAGGCAGCGAGGAAGUGAGAGGGGCCAAAGGGAAGCCCAAAAUAUUAUUCUCAAACGAACAAAAGGUGCCUGUCCUUUUUUAAGCAAGGAGAAAACAAACAUACUACUCUUCCAUACUCCUUCUGCCUAUAUUUAGUAAUUAAUUUAUUUUAUGAUAAAAGAUCUAAUUAAAUGUACAUUGUUUCAGAAAAAUUCUGCUUUUUUCAUCCCUUUGUGUAAACCUGUUAAUAAUGAGCCCAUCACUAAUAUCCAAUGUAAAGUUUAACACCUGUUUGACAGUAAAUAAAUGUGAAUUUUUUUCCAAA